AUGGGGAGGGAUGACAGGGGAUGGAGCUGGCGCGGACUGCGACGACUGCGCGCAGUCUUCAGGCAUCGUGGCUGGGCUAAGGUGGCGGCCGCUGCGGAGAUCCAGAGCCGGUUGUUGGAAGACCCGCAACCUCCACCAAAAAGAUGCAAGCAGAUGACGUGCGCCUGCACGACGCAGCACUGCCGCGACCAGCGCGUGAGCCGCUGUAACACGACGUCCAUGUGCUACACGCAAUACCUGCAGAGCCGCGACCCGAACACGGACCCGAUCACGCGCGGCUGCAUCAACAGCCGCACGCCACUGCUGUGCGAGAACCGGAGGCCCGCGGUGCACUCGGCCGCCCGGUGGCCGCAACUCGUGUGCUGCAGCACCAACCUCUGCAACGAAGGGGUGCUGCCGCCGCCGCUGCUCGCAGAGACGGCAUCCUCGUGGCCAGCGCUUCGGCCCGAGGCGAGCAGCAGCGGCGGGAUCGACGGCGUGCCCGUUUCCACCGAGUUGCCGCAGCAGCCGCCGAACAACGAGGACGACGUCGGCGACGACCGGCUGCUGAGCCCCGUGCACGUUGCGGUGCUGUCGGUCGGUGCCUGCGCUCUUUUCGCCGUGGCCCUUCUCGUCAUCGUGGCCCUCGUGAGGCGUCACGCGGGACUGCUGGGCGCGCGCUACGUGCGCGGCAACUACAUCAAAGGUCGCCGCCAGAGCGCCUCCGACGACGGCACGCCCAACGGGGGCACCUACGACAACAAGAUGGCCGUUGUCUCCUGAUCAGGGCCUGUCGAUCGGCUGUGUGUUUUGUGUGCCCACCUGGCAACCACAGAGACCAAUUUCCUAAGUGAACUCUAGUUGGGGGUGGACGCUUUCGAACCUGUGUGUGACCUCUUGGUGAUGAGAGUGAGUUGGGUAAUUGUCGAAUGGCUUCGUGUUUGGUGGCACACUGCGAGCGAGGUGCCUGGUACAGACAGAGCCCGUCAAGCUGUUCUGGGGGACGUUUGGACUGGAAGCGCGGGGGAGUGCACAGAUCCGGCCUUUGCCAGAAAACCAUCUUGCGGUUCGCUUGCCAGCUGGGAGGCCCGAACACUCACCCAUACUUUUUUGUUGUUCAUCGAAGGUUGUCUGUCCGGAAUCACUGCCCUUUUGCCUAGCGGCGCUGCAAUGUUGGUAUUUCGCGCCUGAGCGUGCGACUGCGAUCCGUUCUUGGAAUUGUGGAGACCUUGUUUCGCUCGCGGCUGUGACACAUACGAUCUGUGACCCUCGCGAGCAACACCUUAUCUGGGUUGCCCAACUGCGUACAAGUGGAACGUUUCUGAAAGGCAAAAACUCGGGAGUCCGGUUGCGUGUCCGCCUGGCAUGUCGCUAUAAGAAUGCACAGUACACCUCAGGCUCUUUUGCAAGGGCCAUUCAGGUAUUUCGUAGCGGACCUGGUCCGGUCGAUUCCGAGGAAAUCCGGGAACCCUGCAGGGUAGACGUGACAUCCCCGCGGCUCUGUACGCGAAGCCUUGCGGUAUAAGGUAACACUGCAAUUGAGCGCACAGCAGCGAUGACCUUCGGCGCGGGCGUUCCCGAUAGCCGAUCGCAGUCGUGACCGUUUCCUGUUCGCCACUCGCGGCCAAGAAUUGGUGCUACCUGUUUCGCUAAAUGCCAGCCGCCUAAACCCCCUCGCGGGUCACGAUCCGGAGCAGCACUUCUGUAGACUAGCGCCGGCCUUCGGAGUAAUUGACACCUUAUUUGAUUAGUUAAUUCGUUAUAAAGGGUCUCGCUGCCAUUAAAAUGUCAGCUUUCCGUCGGGACCAUAACGUAUAUGCGCUGGUCGCGCCAAAGUGGCCAAAACGUAAAGGGGCCAAAUGGUCGGUGAAAUGGUAUUGCCAGCCAGCUGUUUAAAACUGGAGCUUCGUAAAUUAUCAAUUUUGCACCGAGAUGAAUUGGUCAAUUCGACAAACACAACCGCAUUCGCCUGACUCCGAAGACAAAGGUAUUGCUGUACAGGAGAUGUAUAGUGUUGGACUCUGAAUGGAAACGCGACAAAUGGGACGCAAAUAUUCCUAUGCAACUCAUAGAAAAUAAUUUUAUAUAAGGAAGCCCCAACGCACUGGGCGAUAUUCCUGAGCGAACCGAAAGGACCACUGUAUAAAGAACAAACUCAUACUUUAUUUCUUUUCCCUAGACGAACAGUCUGCGUUAACACGAAAAAAAAAAAAUCUUUCAGCACCCAUGCUAAUUACGCACAUGCAGUACUAUAUAUAGACAGCCGCGAUAGAGGCGCCUAUUCAGGGAUCAACUUUAGUAGUCUUGUCUCCAUCGUUACUACAGCGUUAUUGAGUGAGGUAUACGAACACCAAACGCGCGAACAAUCAUGUUGCACUCGUUGUUUUCAUCUCUUGCCUUUUAUUCUGAAACUUGGGAGGUAUACAACAUUCAUUUGCAGUCUCUGGAACCACGUGUUCCCCCUCCAUCGAUCGUUGGUUGUGGUGUGCUUCGUGCCCCCUUCCCUCGUUGUUUCUCGUGUGUUAUUAUUAUUAUUUUUUUUUUAUUUUGUUGAUCGUAUACAGUGUUUGUUGUACGCGUCUUGCAAUGUAUGUACAGCGAAAGUAUUCCUUUUCGGAAUCGGGACUGCCCACACGCACACUUCACACUACUCUACAAAUUUGUGAACUGUAAAUAAGUUCCCUGUAAGACGGGGUGCUCCGCCAACUUUUUGUUUCUUACACUACGCUAUAUACCUGACCCACCACACCCCCGCCUUAGUCGCUGUGAUAAGGGUUUCAGUGGUGGGAUCGCUGCCGAAUACUGCCGUGGGGCGCAAAUCUUGCAAGCAUUUCUUCGAGGUUGUUUGCUUCUGGAUCUUCAGUGGAUCGUCCUUCGCUUAACGUUCACGCAUGCGUGGCAUACCGAACGUGUGUAUAACGCCGAGAUUGGCAAGCUGAGAAAACGAAUUGACAGGAUAUCACACGCCGACAUCCAAUGGGGACCAUGGGACGUUUCAGCUGUUCCCAGCUACCUGAUCUCCGUACAAAAUACACCAAAAAGUGCCUCUUUGAACGUGCCUUUGUAAUUUAAGAGUUUCGCAUGAAUUCGCCGUCGUGUCGUGAACCUGAUCUUCGUUUGCAACUACCGGGCGCCAUAGUCUUAGGGAAAAGAACAGAAAUGAUCGAAAAGAGCUCUGAUGCCUGCUGAAUUUGCCCCGAAUAACGCCGCACGCUAACUUUAGAGGGCGCGCACUGAGGUCUCUAGCCUCUUCCUAACUUCCAUCUCUCUCUCAAGAGAAAUGCGAGAGCAAAGUUUUGCUGCCUUUAGUGGGUUUUGCUCUGGCCACGGCCACAAACGGUGCCGCCUGAAGGUCGCCAUAUUUUGAUCUGCCUUUUUUAUGUCAGCUGCGCCUUCGCUCACUGCUGAACGAAAGCCUUGGGCUGUUUGCAACAGCAGUACCAUUUAUGAACGUGACACAGUGCACUUCAUGUGUUCUUUACUCGCUGCCAGUUCCAUUGACCGUAGUUACCUUUUCAGUAAGGCUGAUGCUCGCGACGGAUGACAAUUGCAGACUGCGAGAACGCACGCCUCCGCCAGUGGCUAUGAAGCCAUUCC